AUGAAGCUUUUAGAAUACACCCCGUUCGACCGUGUAAAUGUGUUCCUCGAUCAACUAAACCUUGGUGAUUGUACAAUUAGGGGAAGCCUUGAAGCCUUCUCAUGCAAGCAUGCAGGAAAUGAUCGCCGGCUUUCAAUCAGCCUGGAACAUGAGAUUCUUGAUUACCUCGGCAAGUCUUCUGAUAGUGAUCCUCCUUCACCUGUGGAGCAUUUGUCUUGUAGAUCUAGCCGGAAAACGUUGAUAUAUCUAGUUCUCACUCUUGGCCAUAUGUAUCCAGAUUAUGAUUUCAGAUUAAAUUUAACAUCCUCUUUGUCAACAUCUGUUUCGCUUAGCAGUGCUGUUCGGGCACACCUAUUCUUCAAAGAAGAAGACAUGGAAAGUUUCAAGCAGAUGCUAGACAACUACUUAUCGGAGGCUUCUAGGCUCUGGGCAGCAAGAAAUGAAGGCAGUUCACUUCUGGACAGUAUGACUAAAGCUAUUGAUGAGGUUAUCAAAAUCAGGGAGUGUGACAUCUACAGCUACAACCCAGACUCUGACGGAGACCCAUUUCUAGAGAAAGGGGCCAUAUGGUCGGUCAACUUUUUCUUCUACAACCGGAAGCUAAAGCGAGUAGUGAGCUUUCGCUGCUGCUGUACUAGCAAAUUUGCAGGAGAUGACUUCCUUGCUGGUGCACUCUCAGAUGGCGAGGAGGAAGAUGCGUUGAUCGACAUGGACAUAUGA